UAAUAAUAUUUUUUUAAAGAAAAUGUAUUUAAUAAAAGUUUUCAUAACGUUAGCAGCAGCAAUAUUAACGCUAAAGGUCCAUGCAAAUGAAUCAGAAGAACAUAACGAAACUCUUACGAUUGAUACGUACAUUGAGCUAUAUAAACGUCAGCAUGCAGCACGAAUUCGAAAUUUCAAAAAUCGUCUUCGUGCGUUUAUGUCGAUUUAUGAAAAUCAAAUCGAACUUAUUCGGGAGCAAGAACGUUUUCUCUAUUAUCAUAUGCAAUUUUUGGAGAGCAACGUCUACACGACCGAAUAUUUAAGUGGACUCAAUAAAUAUUGCAUUGCUCGCUAUCGUGGCAAUGUACCAAGUAUAACAUCAAUUAAACAAACUACGGAACUAUGCGUCGAAACGGCUAAGAAUAAAUCGAACAGUUUACUAAAUAAUGCCAAAGGGACUGUUGAUGAUUUGCGUGAAUAUUAUGAAACCACGUUCCUGAAUGUUGAAGAAAAAAUUCGAAACACCGGAAAUGAUAGCCUGUCACUGCUUGGCGACGAAGUUCUCAAGGCGAACGAGUAUGCGGAUGAGAUUAAGCGGAGAUUUGAUAACGACUUGGAAUCUGCUGAAUGUCAGGCGAGAACGUUCAUCAAAUCGGCUUUUAAUUGUUCAUUGUCGGUGCAUUUUGAUGCUGCUAUCGCUCUUGUUGAGGUCAAGUCAAAAAUCCAUAGCUGUCUUAAAGGUCAGGAAUUUUGCACUUGUAAGGAUACUUACGCUUGUAAUAAUGUAAAACAAGUGACCCCAGACGUGUUAAAUGCCGAAAGUAUCUUCACGUCGAAUGAAUUUGGCAGCAGUCAAAAGAGCAAAACUUGCGUGCUCCUAAAAACGGAAACUGACGAACCCGUCCUGAUCAACAUAACUCGAGAAGCGGGGCAAGACGAGGAAUCUGAAAAGUUCUCGGGCUCCCUUUUCGCACACACAUUACAAGCACCUCGAGUGCUGCGGAGCUCCAAACUUGCAAAGCAAAGUCUUGAACCUGUCACUUUCCCGAGUUCUCCUGUUACAGAAGAAAUUAAGGAAAUCGAGAGCUCUCCGAGGUUUCCUCUUGGCGAAAGGGUCGGGAAUUCUCCUCUUACAAAGCCAAGUCUAGAGAAACCAAGUUUCGCGAAGGCAAGUCCUCCAGACACUCCGAUGAUAGAGCAAAUUUCUCCAAGUUCUCUUCUGACAAAGCCAUCUCCUCUGACAAAGCCAUCUCCUCUGACAAAGCCAUCUCUUCUGACAAAGCCAUCUCUUCUGAGCGCUUUGCCUACCCAGGAAUCUGGAAUCUUUCCUAGUUCUCCUCUUACACAACAGAAGCAAGACUCUGACUCUAAGAUAAUAGAUCUUCCAGAAACCGAUGAGGAAGUUAGCGAAAUUUUCUGGAAAUCUAGAUUUGAACAACAGCGUGCAGCCGCUGAAGCACUCUGGAAAGCCCACGGGAACUUUAACUUCUCCCAGAUGGAUGGCGUUUGGUAA